AUGCAGCUUCUUCAGAAGACGGCGCUACGGUCAGCGCGUCGACUACGACCACAGCUACAAAAGCAACCACGACGGUAUGCGGGUGACUCGCAAGGAGCGCACGAGAGGUUCGAGCCCCACGGCGGUCACAACCAACACCCAACGCACGAAUCGUUUGGCGCUGGCUUCUAUGUAACCAUAGCCACAAUCCCAGCCUCGAUAGCACUCUACUACCUCACCCGCCAAGGCACGAAUGAGCAACCGUGGGCGACCCGCUUCAUCCGUGACACAUACAAUGAUUACGCCGUAAAGUGGGCCCGGCGAAACGACCUGCAUACGCAAGCAGUGGAACAGGCAGCAGCGGAUAGAGUGCUAUUCUUGAAUGAAAGCAGCCAGAACCCACGGACGGUGGACGUCCGGUUUCCAGAGCAGCUUAACACCGGCGCACCAUGGAACGUGCCAGCCGGCCACUACGCGAAUAUGGAUACAGUCAUUGCGAAAUACGAGAAGGAAUCAUUCGAGGCCCAGGAGCGGAAAUUGCAGCAGAUCCGCGAGAACAAUGUGCCUUGCGAGCAACCCAUGCCUACGUUGGUGAAGACAUCGUCCCCUGCUGGAGCAUCUGGGACGUGA